UUAGAAAAGCGCAUGCGCAACCCCACCCACUGUUCAUGACAAAUGCAACUUUUACUUCCGGUUGACUUCAGCUUCUGCAUAAGGUUUUUUGGAUUUAGCAGUAUUCUUGCGUGGUGCUUCUGUUAUCCUACGUCAUCCGUGAUUUUUCUCAGCUGCAUUUGCACUUUGCAGUUCUAUAUCUCCCGGGGAUAUAUUUUGUUUGUCGUAUGUCCAUCCAGAAUCUCAACACAUUCGACCCCUUUGCAGAUGCAAUCAAGGGUUCAGAUGAUGAUGUCCAAGACGGUCUCGUGCAUAUAAGGAUUCAACAACGGAAUGGUCGGAAGACCUUAACAACAGUACAAGGACUUUCAUCUGAAUAUGACUUGAAGAAAAUAGUAAGAGCAUGUAAAAAGGAGUUCGCCUGCAAUGGGACAGUAAUCGAACACCCGGAGUACGGAGAGGUGUUGCAGCUGCAGGGGGACCAGCGAGAAAAUAUAUGCCAGUGGCUAACAAAGUCAGGUCUAGCCAAACCUGACCAACUCAAAGUCCAUGGUUUUUAACCAACAAACACCCAUGCCACUAUCUAAGAACACUCCACCUUCAUUAACACCUUAUCAUCUUAAAUUAUCUGUAUCAGUCACUAAUACUUGUUGAUACAUCGUGAGAUAUCCUAUUAUAUACACAUAUAUAUUUCAAUAAAAAAUAUAUAACAGUAACGAUAUAGGCACAAUAUUCUAAUCAGACAUUUGUAAGAUUGUAGGAAGCAAUAUUUUACAGCCUUAUGUUAGGUAAUUCAUUAAACUCAUCACGUUUUAAAGUAGUAGUGAUAACUAAUUAGUAAUUUGAGAAAAUACUUAUACAAGGAAUAGAUACACAUAGCAACGGAUGGCUCUUCUUUUUGGAAUUAGGUAGUAUGUAUCUCGGCGCUAUAGAUGUGUUCAGAGAGAAAGAGGAAAGGAGAGAGAGAUAUAUAUUAAAAAAAGAAUUAUUUUAGGCACUGGAUUGGCUUAUUGUAUGUAAUGCUGAAUGCUUUGUUUUGUUUAUACAGUAAGGUAACAGGCCUGGUUUUUAUAUUAUCAUCUCCAAGUUUUGUGCCUUUACUUCCAUAUUGAUUGUAUUAUUUAUUGAAAGGAUCAUCUUUUAUUGUAAUGGAUUUAUUUUGAAGGAGAAUUGCCAAUCUUUUUUUUUUUUGAAACAGUAUUGACAAAAUCAAUUGUUUUCAAUAAAAAUGUGGCUGUAUUAAAUAAAUGGUAAUUCACCACUA